CAAAUCUAGAACAGCCUCGCCCCAGUAGCUUUCUCCACCUUCUGAAAGAAAAAAUUGACUCCAGUGUAUUCCAAUAAUCUGUGCACUGCUGUAUUUUUUACCAGCAGAUGUCUGAGCAUCAAGUCAUGUGCUUUGUUCUUGUGUCCCCAUUGGUGCUUAAGUUAACUCCCUGGUAUUUAUCUCUCUGAUGUAUUUAUGGAGAGCAAUCAUAUCUUUCCUCAGCCUUAGUUUGGAUAGGCUAAACAAGCCAAGCUCCUUGAGUCUCCUCUUGUAAGUGAAAUAUUCUGGGUACCUGGAAUACAUGGAUAAGCCCUUUGACACAAACUGGUACAGGAGGAAUCCUAGGCUCAUGAAACUUGGAGAAGAGAUUACACUUCAGGGCAUGGAGGUUGGCCUACUGACCAUGAAGAAAGGAGAGUCGGCAAGAUUUCUCUUCACACCAAGUUAUGCCUAUGGGGCAUUGGGCUGUCCGCCUUUGAUUCCCCCUAAUGCCACAGUCUUGUUUGAGAUGGAGCUUCUGGACUUUCUAGACUCGGCUGAAUGUGACAAAUUCUUUGUUUUGACUACCGAGCAGCAGGAUACGUUCCCACUACAGCAGGUGCUGAAAGUGGCAAACACAGAGAGGGAGUUUGGCAAUUACCUCUUCCGCCAGAAGCGCUUCAUGGAUGCCAGAGAGAGAUACAAGCGGGCCUCUUCGAUCCUGUGUCGCAGGCCUUCCAGUGGGGAUGAGCAGUGCCAGAUUGAUGCUGCCAAACUGCUGGUGUUCCUGAAUCUGUCAUUUACUUACCUGAAGCUGGAGCGUCCUGUCCGAGCUCUGACAUAUGGAGAAAAGGCGCUGGAGAUCGACGAGAGAAAUGCCAAAGCGUUAUUCAGGUGUGGCCAGGCUUGUCUCUCUCUGACAGAAUAUGAAAAAGCUCGGGAUUUCCUUGUCAGAGCUCAAAAAGAACAGCCCUUUAACCACGAUAUUAACAAUGAGCUGAAAAAGCUGGCCAGCUGUUACAGGGACUACAUGGAUAAGGAGAAGGAAAUGUGCUGCCGAAUGUUUGCUCCUCUCAGCUUUUCUCCUGUGGAACCAGAAAUAAAGAAUCCUCUGCAGAUGAAAGGAACGGUUCCAUAACUGGGAGGAAGCUACCUCUAGCCCGCAAACAUUGCAUCCGUGUUUUGGGAGGAAGGGAGAAGAAACGUUGUUUCAUUGGAGAGCUCAGAAUUGAGGAGGCUGCAAGCCUGUUCUCAGUUUUAUACGUACAACAUGUUUUUCCAGAUAUUAAUUCCUGUUUGUGAAAUCUUGAGUCUGUCUUUGAAAAUAAGAUUAAACUCUGCUGUAGAAAAGGAGGGACUGCCCCUUGGGCUUUACUUUCUCUCAUUAAUGGAGCUCUGGAUUAUUCACAGAAGCUGAUAUUUACUUUAUUUUGAAGCAGACUUUUUCUCAGUCUUCUCCGACCUCUUCCAAGUUUUGGGCUGCACAGAGGAAAUAUGUAAAUAAAAGUAGGAUGCCAUGGAAUUUGUAUUUACGCAGAUUGUUCUUAGAAUAAUGGUUUAAAAUUUGGCUUUGUUUUGAAAAAAUAAACCGAUCUCUGGAAAAUAAUCCGAGCAGGACUG